CGGCUGAACAGUACUGCGAUACCACACGCGUCCGAGCAACCUGCCCUAUAGGGGGGAUUUUAAACACUACUCACCGCUAGAACCCAAACCGCUUCUCUGGAUCUGCCGCAGCAGCUCGCAUACGGGAUUAUUGUUUAUUUGUUUAUUUGAAUAAGAAGAUGUGAGUUUUUUUGUUGUUGUAUGCACGACAAGAAAGAGAGGAACUCCAUCGCUGAUAAAGGUACACUUGAGCAAGAAGGAGAAGACGAAGCCGCUAAACAACUGAAGAUAUGAAGCUAAAGGGCUUUUGAAGACAAGCGAGUGAGACAUCCUGUUUGAAGAUCACAGCCUUCUUUUCGUGGGGCCUCGGCACUCCAGCCAGGUCAAAGGUUGCCCCCGGAGCAAGAUGGCCGCCGGUGGUCCACCCUGCCUCUCUCUGCCAGCCCUGCUGCCCCUCAGCACUCUGUUGCUCUGUAUGCUGCUCACUGGCUUCCAUGCCUUAUCACCACCAAGGUUCACUAAAGUUCCCGUCGACCAGAUUGGCGUAUCCGGGGGUGUGGUCUCGUUCGUGUGCCAGGCGACAGGAGACCCUAAGCCCCGGGUGAGCUGGAACAAGAAGGGGAAGAAAGUCAACUCCCAGCGCAUUGAGACUAUAGAGUUCGACGAGGGCGCCGGCGCCGUCCUUCGGAUCCAGCCUCUACGAGCGCCGCGGGACGAGAACAUCUACGAGUGCGUGGCGGAAAAUAGCGAGGGUGAGGUCAACGUCAACGCCAAGCUCUCCAUCAUCAGAGAGGACUUGCUCCCGGUAGGGUUCCCCAACAUAGACAUGGGUCCACAGCUGAAGGUAGUCGAGCGGACCCGGACAGCCACCAUGCUCUGUGCUGCCAGCGGCAACCCCGACCCAGAAAUCACCUGGUUCAAGGACUUCCUGCCCAUAGACCCCAACGCAAGUAACGGGCGAAUCAAACAGCUGCGCUCAGAAGCCUUUGAGGGUACCCCCAUCCGAGGCGCCCUGCAGAUUGAGAACAGCGAGGAGACGGACCAGGGGAAGUACGAGUGCGUGGCGUCUAACGUGGAAGGCGUGCGCUACUCAUCCCCUGCUAACCUAUAUGUGCGAGAGCUUCGAGAAGUCCGCCGCGUGCCCCCUCGCUUUUCCAUCCCGCCGACCAGUCACGAGAUGAUGCCAGGUGGCAGUGUGAACAUCACCUGCGUGGCGGUAGGGUCGCCCAUGCCCUACGUCAAAUGGAUGCUGAACUCGGAGGACCUGACGCCGGAAGACGAGAUGCCAGUGGGCCGGAAUGUUCUGGAGCUCAACGGCGUGCGAGAGUCUGCCAACUACACGUGUGUGGCCAUGAGCAGUCUGGGCAUCAUCGAGGCGGUGGCGCAAAUUACUGUCAAGUCCCUGCCCAAGCCCCCAGGCACCCCCAUGGUGACCGAGACCACGGCCACCAGUGUCACCAUCACCUGGGACUCCGGUAACCCGGACCCCGUUUCCUACUACAUCAUCCAGUACCGCGCCAAGUCUCCCGACAGCAAGUUUGAGACCAUGGACGGCAUCACCACUACGCGAUACAGCAUCGGGGGCCUCUACCCCAACACCGAGUACGAGAUCCGCGUCUCUGCCUUUAACACCAUCGGCCAGGGCCCCCCCAGUGCGCCGGUGGAAACCCGGACCGGGGAACAAGCCCCGGCCAGUCCGCCCCGCAACAUCCAGGCCCGGAUCAUCUCCCAGAACACCAUGAUGGUGCGCUGGGACGAGCCUGAGGAGCCCAACGGGCAGAUCAAAGGGUACCGGGUGUACUACACCAUGGACCCGUCCCAGCCCAUGAGCCUAUGGCAGAUCCAUAAUGUCCAGGAUAGCAUUAUCACCACCAUCCAGAGCCUUGUGGCGUCUGAGACGUACACCAUCCGUGUCCUGGCCUUUACCUCGGUGGGCGACGGGCCCUUCUCUGACCCCAUCCACGUCAAAGUGCUACAAGGAGUCCCCGGACAGCCAACAAAGUUCCAGGUUGGUGCUGUGUCCGACACAAGCAUGGAGUUGACCUGGGAACCUGCCUUCCAGAAAGAGGGGAUCAUCAGCUUUGAACUCCGGUACAAAGAGGGCAGUUUUGGCAGCCAGGUGACCAAAACCUUCGGCCCCACUGCUACAUACGUCGUUGAGGGUCUGCGGGCAAACACGGAGUACUACUUCUCUCUGGCUGCCAUUUCCAACAAAGGCAUCGGAGCCUUCACCAACGAAAUAUCCCAGAAAACCUUGCAAGCCAAGCCCUCAGCCCCCCCUCAAGACGUUAAGUGCAGCAGCUCCAGCUCCACUACCCUGCUGGUAAGUUGGCGCCCCCCGCCUGUGGAGAGCCAGAAUGGUGCCCUGGCGGGGUACCUAGUGCGCUACCAGGUGGUGGGAGCCUCCGUCGAGGGCGGUGGUGCCGGGGAGCCCAUGGAGGAGCCAGCCGUGCUGCCCAGUGACGGGAAGGUGCUGCUGCAGAAGCUAGAGAAGUGGACCCAGUACAGCGUCACCCUGGCCGCCUUCACUGAGAUCGGGCCGGGCCCAGAGAGCGAGCCCCUGCUCUGCCGCACCGACGAGGAUGUUCCCGGAGCUCCUCCUAGGCGGGUCGAGGUGGAGGUGCUCAACUCCACGGCGCUCAAGGUCAUGUGGCGCUCCCUGUUGCCGGGGCGACAACACGGCCAGAUCCGUGGUUACCAGGUGCACUAUGUGCGUGUGGAGAACGGGGAGUCACGCGGCCUGCCCCUCAUUAAGGACGUCAUGCUUGCCGACGCCCAGUGGGAAACGGACGAUACAGCCGAAUAUGAAAUGGUCAUCGGAGGGCUCCAGUCGGACACCACCUACUCCAUCACAGUAGCUGCGUACACCACAAAGGGAGACGGGGCACGCAGCAAAUCCAAACUGGUGGUAACCAAAGGAGCAGUGCCCGGGCCACCCUAUCUGUCAGUGGCUCAGGAUUCAGAGACGUCGGCUGUGGUGUGCUGGGACACACCCGAUGUUAUGAUCCCUGGCAUGGAACUGCAGGGUUACCGGCUUCAGUUUGGCCGUAAGGACGUGUCCCCCCUGGCUACUCUGGAGUUCACCCCCCAGGAGAGGCAGUACACGGUGGCUAGUGUCCACCGCGGCGCCACCUACCUCUUCAAAGUACAGGCCAAGAGUCGGGGGGGCUUCGGGGAGGAGGCGACAGCCGAACUGCAGGUGCCCGAACACACACCCCAGGGGUACCCCCAAAUCAGCGAAAGCUCCAAUGUGACCUGCUGCUCGGUGGAAUUGGCAUGGUCGCCCCCGGUGCUGGCAGAGCGCAAUGGAGACAUCACGGAGUACACGCUAGCAUACCAGGAGACGGGUGUGGGGGGCACGCCCCGGGAACUCAGCCUGCCCGCCAGCCAGUCCACCUACGUGCUCAACAGCCUCAAACCCAACUCGGCGUACGACGUGAAAAUCCGCGCGCACACGAGUGUAGGUCCAGGGCCCUACAGCCCGCCGAUCCAGUAUCGGACUGUGGCGUUUCAGACAGACGUCCCAAAGAACUUCACGGUCAAGUGGGUAACCAAGACGACGGUGUUGCUAACAUGGACGUUUGUAGAAAGGCGGUUCCCAUUCCGGUGCACGAUCGAGUACAACCGUCAGAAGAUGGACGUGGACGCCAGGCUGACCAAGGCGCUGGUCACCAGCCUGCGGCCCAACACCACCUAUGAGUUCCGGGUCACGUGUCAGGAGAACACGGAGAGUGGACCUCGCCACCGUGUGGUUGCUAGGACCGCACCACCCAUCCUGGUCAAGAAGCCCAAGCUGGACCUCUACUCGGAGCCGGACAACAUUCUGACCAUGGGCUUCGCCCCUGUGGAGAGCAAGGGCAUCAAGGAUUUCUAUGUGGUGGCGGUACCACUAAAGAAGGGUUUGGGGACUGGACGCCAUCUCAAGAACCCAGACGAAAUGGACUUGGAAGAGCUGCUGAGGGACAUCACCCCGAAGCGUCGCACCAGGCGCCAGCUGAGCCAAGCGGACGGCAAGAAGCCCUACAUCACGGCCUGCUUCAAGCAGCUCCCCACCACCUUCACCCUGGGCACAGAGCACCGCCACAGCAGCUGUGAGAGCAAACCUCUGGAGCCCGGGCAGGAAUACGUCUUCUUCCUGCUGGCCGAGCUCAACACCACCGCCGGGAAAAUGUUUGCGGCCAGCCCAUACACGGACUCAGUGGUGACCCCAGAGCUGGAGGUGGAUCCUCUGCCCAUGGAGACGGGUGGGGACGGCCUCAUCUGGGUGGUGGGGCCCGUCCUGGCCGUGGUCUUCAUCAUCUGCAUCGUCAUCGCCAUCCUCCUCUACAAGAACAAACCUGACAGCCGCAAACGAAAGGAUUCAGAGCCCAGAACAAAAUGUCUGCUGAACAACGCAGAGAUCACCCCCCACCACCCCACAGACCCAGUGGAGAUGAGACGCAUCAACUUCCAGACCCCAGAUUCUGGUCUGAGCAGUCCUCUAAGUGAAGCCGAUUUUUACUAUGAAAGUAUGAUGAAUCAUCCCCCCAUACCCAUUGCGGAGCUGGCUGAACACACGGAUCUUCUCAAAGCUAACGACAACCUGAAGCUCUCCCAGGAGUACGAGUCCAUUGAUCCAGGCCAGCAGUUUACGUGGGAACACUCCAACCUGGAGGUGAACAAGCCCAAAAACCGCUACGCCAACGUCAUCGCCUAUGACCACUCCCGCGUCAUCCUCGCACCCAUCGAAGGUAUCACCGGCAGUGAUUAUAUCAACGCCAACUACAUAGACGGCUACAGGAAACAGAAUGCCUACAUCGCUACGCAGGGUCCGCUGCCCGAGACAUUCGGGGACUUCUGGAGGAUGGUGUGGGAACAGAGGGCAGCCACUGUGGUCAUGAUGACCAGACUGGAGGAGAAAUCACGGAUCAAGUGUGACCAGUACUGGCCCAGUCGAGGCACAGAGACCUACGGUAUGACCCAGGUGACCCUACUGGACACCAUAGAGCUGGCCACCUUCUGCGUCCGCACCUUCUCCCUGCACAAGAAUGGCUCCGGUGACAAGCGGGAGGUCCGUCAGUUCCAGUUCACGGCGUGGCCCGACCACGGGGUCCCCGAGUACCCCACCCCCUUCCUGGCCUUCCUCCGCCGGGUCAAGACCUGUAACCCCCCAGACGCAGGCCCCAUCAUCGCCCACUGCAGUGCGGGCGUGGGUCGGACGGGCUGCUUCAUCGUGAUCGAUGCCAUGCUGGAGCGCAUCAAGCACGAAAAGACAGUGGACAUCUACGGCCACGUGACCCUGAUGCGAUCGCAGCGUAACUACAUGGUGCAGACGGAGGAUCAGUACAGCUUUAACCACGACUCGCUGCUGGAGGCGGUGGCGUGCGGCGACACGGAGGUGGCGGCCAGGAGCCUGUUCUCCUACAUCCAGAAGCUGGCCCAGGUGGAGACGGGCGAGCACGUCACCGGCAUGGAGCUGGAGUUUAAGCGCCUAGCCAACUCCAAGGCCCAUACGUCCAGGUUUAUCAGUGCCAACCUGCCCUGCAACAAGUUCAAGAACCGCCUGGUGAACAUCAUGCCCUACGAGACCACCCGUGUCUGCCUGCAGCCAAUUAGGGGCCUCGAGGGCUCCGACUACGUCAAUGCCAGCUUCAUCGAUGGAUACAGGCAACAGAAGGCCUACAUCGCUACGCAGGGCCCUUUGGCAGAGACCACAGAGGACUUCUGGAGGAUGAUGUGGGAGAACAACUCCACUAUUGUAGUCAUGCUCACCAAACUCCGAGAGAUGGGCAGGGAAAAGUGUCAUCAGUACUGGCCUGCCGAGCGUUCGGCCAGGUAUCAGUACUUUGUGGUGGACCCCAUGGCUGAGUACAACAUGCCCCAGUACAUCCUCCGAGAGUUCAAAGUCACCGACGCAAGGGAUGGGCAGUCCAGGACAGUGCGGCAGUUCCAGUUCACUGAUUGGCCGGAGCAGGGGGUGCCCAAGUCAGGGGAGGGAUUCAUAGACUUCAUAGGCCAGGUGCACAAAACCAAGGAGCAGUUUGGCCAGGAUGGACCCAUCUCUGUCCACUGCAGUGCGGGGGUUGGCCGGACCGGUGUCUUCACCACGCUCAGCAUCGUGCUGGAGAGGAUGCGCUACGAAGGCGUGGUAGACAUCUUUCAGACGGUCAAGAUGCUGCGGACACAGAGGCCGGCCAUGGUCCAGACAGAGGAUGAAUAUCAGUUUUGCUACCAGGCGGGUCUGGAGUACCUAGGAAGCUUUGAUCACUAUGCAACGUAAAAAUCCAUCUCGUCCCCGAAUCCUGUGUCCCCCUCAACAGUCUCCUGAGCCAUAGAAAUGACAACAACAACAAUAACAGCAGCCAGAAAACUAAAUUCAACCAACAGAAAAGCAAACUAAUUGUAGAUUAUUAUUUUUUUAACACCAACAAGAGUGCAAUUCCAAUUGGACCCAAUGGACUUUGAUGCCGGUGAGGAAACCGUAAAUGAUUCCAUCAGCAGAAAUAACUGACGCCCUCACUCGGAAAAAAGGAAACAAAAGUGGUGGCUCAAGCUGUGGGGUGGGAAUAAUCAAAGUGUCGGACUGCUAACCUUACCUCAUGUGUUCAGAUGUGGAGGUGGACAUUGUAAACAUUUCGUGGACAUCUAUAAAAAAAAAAAAAGAACUACGUUACAAACAAUACAAAGAUAACAGUGAAUUAAGGAAAAAACGACUAGGCGAACUUGACUGAGGUAAAAAAGGGAUUGCUAAAAACUGAGAAAAUGGUGGAGUGAAUGUAGCUUAGAUGGGGGAAGCGUUCGCCUUUUUUACCAUGUAAGGGCAGAGGUUCAGAGUUCCUAGUUGUUUAUAAACACUUCUGAUGGCAAAACUGUGGUUGCCUGUGUACACAGAUGAUUGUCCCCAAAACGUCGGACACCUCUGAUGAGACAAACACACUGAGUUAACGGUAAGGUACUGGCAAGAGAAGUCAACCCCCAUUCGGUACCCCCUACCACACUCAUCCUUCUCUCUAAGUAAGAUAACUUCUACUGCCCAUAGUUCUGUUACAACCUUUGAAACUCAACUCCCAACUCGACACGUGUCCAUCAUACAUACAAAGGGCACCCCUAUAUCCCUUCAACUCUUUGGGCUAAGAGGAGCUUCUGCAGUACAGAAUAUUCUGGGGGAAAAGUGAUGACGGCGUCUUAAAGUGACUGCCAGCAGUGGAUUUCGUCAAAUACCAAUUCAAUCAACUUACCUGCUUCAGCUUCUCCAGCACUUAAUGUGCGGUGCGUUUUUUGUUGUUGUUGUGCUGUUGAGGACAAACCCCAACAUGUUUAUACAGUAACCACUGAUAUAGCUCUCUUAGCCUCAGUCACCAUGGAAACUGGGUAAAAGACAGCUCUUGCAAGACCAGAUAAAUGACAACGAAGUUCCUUUACUUUUUACUGUCACUCUUUGUUCAGGACUAGUUUUUACUGGUGCGGUUCCCAACAUUUUGAACGAGUGGAAUCACCACAUGAGAACUUGACAUGGUGAAUGGCGGCAACUGGGCUCUCUCUGCAAACGUGUACAGUGACCAACAACCCAUUGUAAUCAUUUACUUGUAUUUCUGGGGGGGGUUCUGUCAAUACCAAACCUGCUGCUUAUUCUCCUGUAUGCUGUAAGUGUGACUCUGAUAUGCGAUGACAAUGGAGGUGUCUGGGCUGGCGGUGGCAGUUUGCGCUCAGUCGGCUGCGACUGAAAGCGCAUCCACACGUUAUUGGUUCACCCCCCUCCCUCAUCAACUCCUCUCAGCCUCCUCUGUACUCACCGUCUCACUCGACAUUCAUGUCCCAAGCUUGACAGAGAGAGAGACUAGUCCUCUACUAACAGUGGAAGGACAGUGGUUCAAAGUUGUGAGGAACUGAGUUGAUAACCCAGAGAAAAGCUCCUGUCUUUUCUCUUCCAGCUAUAGGCCAAAGGUCACUUUGGAUGACUGGCCAAGGGCCACUGUGGAUUACUGGGGAAGAUGUGGCCAUGUUGUAUUUGAAUGUCGUGAUGUGAAAGUUAUGUCCACGAUACAAAUGACUUUCACAUUACUAAACUUGAAACCUAAACAAUAGCAGGGCCGAUUCUACGCACUAUGUACACGUGUCUGAUAAAAACAAGCCCUCAAAGCCCACCAUUUUCUUUUUUCUCAGAGGUCUGUGCUUUGGUAUACCCAGGAGCUUUUACAAUGGAUUUUGUGAAGGUGUUUUUGAUUGGUAUGUACACUAACAGAGUGAUGAAAGGAACUGUUUGUAGUCUUUCUUAUUUCCAAAAAGCCUUACAGUUAUUGUAACAUUAUGGAAACAUUAAUGUUGUAUUAUUGGUGACUGUUGUUAUUUUACUUUACAUAGCUGACUUUUUAUUGUAGUUUUAGUUUCGUUUUUUAACAGAGAUAUUGUAUCGCAUUUUUUUUAAUUAGCAGGAAAAAAAUAAAUGCUUAUUUGUUCGUAUUACGUUAAAAGACAUUCUAUUUUUUCACUAUAGAAAUGUUAUGUAUAACACAUGUUUGUGUGUGUGCCUAUGUAGGUAUAUAAGCACACAUACAUAUAUAUUUAAAUGCAGAAUAUAAAGAUGUAUCCAAAUGUAUUUUGUUCUGUUUCUUAUUUUUAUUUAAUUUUUUAGCACCCAUAAACUUAGAAUUGCUCAUGUAAAAUUAUGACGGAUUUUUUUUUUUUUGUAACCAUAAACUUAACCUUGGGAAAUAUUGUGUUUUUCUCUGGAAACAAUGAGGUGAGGUGUCUGGCCGGGCGUCGCUCCUACAACCCUUUUUAAUUCCUGCCACUUGGUAGACGUGUGCCGAUAAGGUGACGGUGUCUUUAAUUGUUGUUGAAAUUACUAUUAUCAUUAGCUAACAAUAGUCAUAAGUAUUCGUUUGACUAUUAUUUUCAUAAGUAGUAGAUUAAAUAGUCUACAAAGCUUUCAAUUAGAGGAAAGUUAUUACUAAUUGCAGAAGGUACUGUACUUUUUGACCAUGUACAGACCAUCCUCUCCCUCUUUCUCAAAGUCAAUUUUUUCCCCCUCUUUAUUUUGUCUUUCUUUUCAGACACAACAUGAUCAUCCCUUUGUUAGAUAUCAACUAUGAUCUCGAAUAUAACACCUGUAAAUAAACAAAUAUAUAGAGUAUAUGUAUUUGUAUAAUUUGACCCUCAUCGCUCUCUUACUUCAAAUCAAAGACUGAACUACAAAGAUAAGGUUUCUGCUCAUUGCAAACUUCCUGGUGUAAAGUGUACUUUCUCCCUUUGUAACAUUUGUAGUCCACUCUGCUCUCUGUUCUUAAGUCCCCUCUUUCUUUGUCAUAUCUGCCAUGUUAGCAAUAUCCCCUGCUAGCCACCCACAGCUAACUCUGUUAUGAGACAGGUCAGUGAGGACCGACCUAUAACCUUUGCCUCAGCACAGGCUUCUUGCAACCAAAAUGGAGCCUGCUCUCUGGCCCCAAAGUGAACAGGGCUUCCUUCUCCAGAGAUGGGACAUGAUGGCAACCAAAGGACUAUUCCUUUCCUAAACAAAAAGCUCUAUCCUUCCAUCCCAAAAAAAAGAAGAAUUGCUAGUUCCCAACAGCCUAAAAAGCCAAGAAGUGGACUGUCCAUUGGCAGUCAUAGAGAGAAACAGGAGAUCGUUUUGCUACUUAGCAGCUGGCCAUAGUGCAAUGACACAGCCAUUAGGAGCAAAGUACUACAGUACCACUGACCCUGAAUCAUGGUAUGAUGUAAGAGGGUGUUUCCUGCUCUCACAUUAUAAGAACCUAGUACCAUAGUGUGUUCAUUCUUUAUUUUAUUUUAUAUAUUUUGUUACGGGAUGCAGAAUGAAUCAGGACUGAAUGAGAAGGAGCCGUGUGACGCAAAGACCAGGAAGAAGGAAGACGAAACAACAAAAGACUCAUUUCCAGCAUUUCCUUUUCAAGUGGGAAUCGCAAACCGUUUCAUAUGAACAAAAUCUUGAAAUGAGGACUUUUUUUGUGACUGAAUUCAAAGACUGGUUAAGGGCCCAUGCCAAAAACCAAGACCGUGGACGUCUUUGGAAGUUUGUGCGAUGUGUUACUCUUUGACCAGACUUUUGACAACAACGGCAGCCAAAUCUACUGGAAUAUUCCACAGAGGGGGGAAAUUAACAAAAGAGAAAAAUUACUACAAAAGAUUAGAACCUAUAUGUACAACAGCCAACAAAAAGAUAAAGAACCCUAAAAUCAAUCUAAAUAGUUUUUCUUUGUAUGAGGGCCAAGUACUAUCGCUUUCAAACUGUUACUUCUAACUAAAACAAUAAUUCGUUUAAAACCACUGUGUAUGUAGAUAUGUUGACUUUGUAUUAAAGAAAUGUUGUCUGAA